ACAUGGUCAACCUUAACCCAUUCGAGAGGGCAUUUCUUAUAUUUCAAAUACAUAAAAGUUGAAAGCGCAAGAGGGGAGAAGGGAUGGGAUUGGUAGAGGCCAACGAAUUGAAAAACAGUUUGUACGCAAAUUUUGGUGUACUAUAGUUGCAGAGGAUGUUAGUGCCCUCUAUGGCAUAUCCCGUUUCAUAUCCAUUUCCCGAUUGCCACCGACUCCACUCUCCGCUUUUCUUCUCCGCAACCCAGCAACGUCCCUGAUCCCCCUAUUACUAUUUAAUAUUAUCAUCAUAUUCGUUUCCCAUUAAUACUUAAAACGAAGAAGAAUCGGAACAUGGGCUGUUCUUCUUCCCAUCGCCCUCCAAUCCUCGCUUCUCUUCUCCUCCUCCUCCUCCUCUAGAUCCCUUCCCAUCGUCUCCCAAUACUCGGUUCCUCUCCCCUGUCCCUUGUUCUUCUUCUUCUUCUUCAUUUUCAUGGCGUCUCCGGCCCUUCCAGUUGGCCAAUCGCAGCAGCCCCUGAAUCGGGUGUAUUCGGUGUGGGCUCUUCCGCCCGAGGACGUCACGAAGCGUCUCAAGAAGCUGAUGGAGGGCCUCCGAUCCGAGUUCGGCGGCCCCAAGUUUGAGCCCCAUGUCACCGUCGUCGGCGCCAUAGCUCUGACGGAGGACGACGCGCUUUCCAAGUUCCGCGCCGCCUGUCAUGGCCUCAAAGCCUAUCCCGCCGCCGUGGAGAAGGUGGCCACUGGCAUCUUCUUCUACCAGUGCGUUUUUCUCCUCCUCCACCCCACCCCUGAGGUAAUGGAGACUAGUUCACAUUGCACCAGCCAUUUUGGUUACAAGAGCUCAACCUCUUAUAUGCCGCAUCUGAGCCUCCUGUACGGGGAUUUGUCCGAUGAGGAGAAACAGAGAGCUCAAGAGAAAGCUAACAUACUUGACGAGGGCAUCGGCAGCCUGAGCUUCCAGAUAACUCGGCUUGCUCUGUACGAAACGGACACAGAAGACAAUACUCUUGAAUCCUGGAAGAAGGUUGCUGACUGCAAGCUUGAUCUUUAAUUGCAAGGAAGUUGUACAAAUGCCAAAUGCUCUCUCUCUCUCUCUCUCACCCACAUUUCCAAUAGGAACUGUUAUUUGCUCUGCUUCUAUUGUGGCCACUGAAAAUAAUGGCAAUUUGUGUACUGGUUAGGCUUAAUCGACUGUGUGGGACUGACACUGUUCAGGAUUUAAUCAUAAGAUAUAUAAUAACACAAAAAAUAAAGUUAUUAAA